UUGAUUUAAGAAAAUCACUUUGUUGGUGGUGGCCUGUCUCCGAUGUUACCCAAGUUUCAACUCUGGACUUUUCAAAUUAACAAAGUGCAGUGAUUCAUCUUUCUUCUUUGUUCCAUCUUUGGCUGAAUUGUAAUCCUUUUGUCUGUAACUUACGGAAAGCUAUGGAGUUCCUGAGCUCAAUCGUGGGUCUGGUCCCCUGCUUCUAUGAUCACACCUCUAAGCAUACCGUCUACAUUCGUGAUCUGAAGAAAAAUCUCCAAGCCUUGAGCAAGGAAAUGGUGGAUCUCAACAACUUGUAUGAAGAUGUGAAGGAAAGGGUUGAAGGUGCAGAGCAACGACAGAUGAAGCGCAGAAAGGAAGUGGGUGGGUGGAUCCGUGAAGUAAAAGACAUGGAGAAAGAAGUUCACGAAAUUCUGUAAAGAGGAGAUCAAGAAAUCCAGAAGAGUUGUCUCGGAUGCUGUCCCAGGAAUUGUUGGUCUAGCUACAGGAUUGGAAAGGCAGUAAGUGAAAAGCUGGUUGCUGUAUCUCGUCAAAUCGGCAAAGGACAUUUCGAUGUUGUAGCCGAGAUGUUGCCUCGUCCUCCAGUUGAUGAACUGCCAAUGGAGGCGACUGUGGGCCCACAAUUGGCGUAUGAAAAGAGCUGUAGGUUUCUCAAAGAUCCACAAGUGGGAAUUAUGGGAUUGUAUGGAAUGGGGGGUGUUGGCAAAACCACCCUCUUGAAGAAAAUCAACAAUGAAUUCCUCACAACAUCCAAUGACUUUGAGGUUGUGAUUUGGGCUGUGGUGUCAAAAUCGCCCGACAUUGAAAAAAUUCAGCAACUUAUUUGGAAUAAAUUGGAAAUCCCACGUGAUAAAUGGGAAACUAGAAGCAGUAGGGAGGAGAAGGCUGCAGAAAUAUUGAGAGUUCUAAAAAGAAAAAGGUUCAUCUUGUUGUUGGAUGACAUUUGGGAGGGACUUGAUCUCCUAGAAAUGGGGGUCCUGCGUCCAGAUACUGAAAAUAAGUCCAAGAUAGUUUUGACGACCCGAUCACAGGAUGUCUGCCACAAAAUGAAAGCUCAGAAGAGUAUAGAAGUGGAAUGUUUGGAGUUAGAAGAUGCCUGGACUUUGUUCCGGAAGGAGGUAGGAGAAGAGAUAUUAAAUUCUCAUCCGGAUAUACCGAUGCUUGCAAAGGUUGUUGCUGAAGAGUGCAGAGGUUUACCUCUCGCUCUUGUCACUCUUGGGCGGGCCAUGGCAGCUGAGAAAGAUCCCUCAAACUGGGACAAGGUAAUACAAGAUCUACGCAAAUCUCCAGCUGAAAUCACAGGUAUGGAAGAUAAAUUGUUUCAUCGAUUGAAACUCAGUUAUGAUAGGUUGCCUGACAAUGCUAGCAAAUCUUGUUUUAUAUAUCAUUCCAUGUUCCGAGAGGACUGGGAGAUUUAUAAUUUUCAACUUAUAGAACUUUGGAUAGGGGGGGGGGGGGGGGGGGGGAAGAAAAUUAUUAAAACUUUAAAACAUGCAUGUUUAUUAGAGAGCUGUGGUUCGAGAGAAAAUAGGGUUAAGAUACAUGAUGUGCUCCGCGACAUGGCUUUAUUGUUAUAUGGUGAACAUGGGGUGAAAAAGAACAAAAUUCUAGUAUACAAUAAGGUUACUAGGCUUGAUGAAGAUCAAGAAACUUCCAAAUUGAAAGAAACAGAGAAGAUAUCAUUAUGGGAUAUGGACGUUGGGAAGUUCCCAGAAACAUUGGUGUGCCCCAAUCUUAAGACUUUAUUUGUGAAAAAAUGUCAUAAUUUGAAGAAAUUUCCAAGUGGAUUCUUUCAAUUCAUGCUUCUACUAAGAGUUUUGGAUUUGUCAGACAAUGAUAAUUUAAGCGAGUUGCCUACUGGGAUUGGUAAAUUGGGUGCCUUGAGAUAUCUUAGUCUGUCACACACAAGAAUAAGGGAGUUGCCCAUUGAACUAAAGAAUUUGAAAAAUCUGAUGAUUUUGCUUAUGGAUGAUAUGAAAUCCCUUGAAAUUAUUCCACAAGAUGUGAUAUCAAGCCUUAUAUCCUUGAAGUUGUUCUCCAUUUACGAAUCCAAUAUUUCAAGUGGAGUUGACGAAACUGUACUGGAGGAGUUGGAGUCCUUGAAUGACAUCAGUGAGAUAUCAACCACCAUAUCCAAUGCUCUUUCAUUCAACAAACUAAAGAGUAGUCACAAAUUACAAAGGUGCAUUAGUUAUCUACAUUUACAUAAAUGGGGGGAUGUGAUCUCACUUGAGCUAUCAUCUUCAUUUUUUAAAAGAGUGGAGCAUUUGCGGGGGCUUCAUAUAAGCCAUUGCAAUAAAUUGGAAGACGUGAAAAUUAAUGUGGAAAGAGAAGGCACACACAAUGAUAUGACUCUUCCAAACAAAAUUGCAGCAAGGGAGGAAUACUUCCACACCCUUCGUAAUGUGCUUAUAGAACAUUGUUCAAAAUUGUUAGACUUAACAUGGCUUGUUUAUGCUCCAUAUCUUGAAAAACUUCACGUUGAAGAUUGUGAAUCGAUAGAAGAAGUGAUAUGUGAUGAUAGUGAAGUCUGUGAAAUGAAGGAAAAAUUGAACAUAUUCUCAAGGCUCAAAUACCUCACGCUCAAUAGGCUGCCAAGAUUGAAGAGCAUCUAUCAGCAUCCGCUACUCUUUCCCUCUCUUGAAACCAUCAAGGUGUGUGAAUGCAAAAGCUUAAGGAGCCUCUCGUUUGAUUCCAACACUUCAAAUAAUAGUCUGAAGAAAAUUAAAGGAGAGACAAGUUGGUGGAAUCAGUUGAAGUGGAACGAUGAAACUAUCAAACACUCUUUUACUCCCUAUUUCCAAAUCCACGAAGCUGAAGCAUAUUUAACGGACUCUGAGGAGUCUGAAACUGGCAGCAUAGAUGAUAUUCAGGAAUGA